AUGCGCUCCAUCGCAAACACCGCUGUUGCCCUGGCUCUCGGCCAGGUCGCGAAUGCAGCUUUCGGCUUCACGACGACCAGCACGGGUUUCAGCGUCGAUACAGAUGGCGGAUUAGUAUUUCAGAUUAACAAGGCCAACGGCGACCUCACAAGCCUCAAGUACAACGGUGUCGAGUAUCAGGGUACUGGCAAAGCUUCGAGCAUCAACUCCGGCCUCGGGGCCUCCACGGUCACUGCUGAGAAUAUUGAUGGGCACGUCAAAAUCACAGUCAAGUCCAAUGGUCUACCUGUUACGCACUAUUACGUGGCUAAGAAAGGCGAUGCAACCGUCUACCUGGCAACGAAGAAUCAGGGCUCAGUCGAUCCAGGCGAGCUUCGCUUCCUCGCUAGGCUCAAAACUUCAGAGCUUCCAACCGGCGUACAUGGUGAUGUUGGUGACAAUCGAGGUUGUACCGCGUUUGAGGGCAAGGAUACGUUCAAGUGCGCGAAUGGUCAUACCUCAUGCAAGAUGUACACCUCGGAUCGCUUCAUUGAAGACAAGGUGCAUUGCGUAUCUGGCUCGAAAGCUCAAGUCUGCAUGGUCAUGCCCGGUGUUGCUUAUGAGACCUCAGCCGGCGGUCCUUUCAUGCGCGACAUCAACAGCCAAACCACUAGCGGCGAUCAGGAGCUCUAUUGGUAUAUGAAUAGUGGGCACGUCCGAACUGAAGACUGGCGCAGUGGCCUUAACGGGCCGUAUGCUAUGACCUUCACAGCAGCCGGUACAAAGCCCUCGGAGAACCUGGAUACUAGCUUCUUUGGCUCUCUCAAGAUUGACGGUUAUGUAGGUGAGAGUGGCCGAGGAUCUGUUACUGGCAAGGCGACUGGUGUCCCGAGUACCUUUGAAGCAGUCGUACAUUGGUCAAACAAGGAUGCUCAGUACUGGACAAAGGCGCAAGGCGGUAACUACAAGAGCCCGUUGAUGAAGCCUGGCAGCUACACAGUGAAGUUGUACAAGGGCGAGUUCCUCGUCUCUACCGACACAGUGACCGUCACCGCUGGGCAAACCACUACAAAGGACAUUGCAUCGAAAGAAUCGGCUCCGGCUGUCGUCUGGCGUAUUGGUGAGUUCGACGGCCAACCAUUCGAGUUGAAGAACGGCGACAAGAUCACAAGAAUGCAUCCUUCCGAUUCCCGCAUGAGCUCUUGGAGUGGAGGGUUUACUGUCGGUACCUCAAAAGCAUCGGAUUUCCCCAUGGCCUUGUGGUCAAAGCAGGGUAGCCCUGCAACGGUUACUUUCUCCUUGACAUCGGCACAAGUCAAAAGCCAUGUCCUUCGAAUUGGUACUACGCUUUCGUUCAAGACCGGCCGGCCAUCCGUCAAGAUUGGCAGCUGGACUGGAACGGACCCAGGCGCACCGAAACUAAUCGAUUCUCGAGGCGUAACCCGCGGCGCUUACCGUGGCUAUGGCGAAGUCUAUACCUGGGACGUCCCGGCAAGCGCGUUCCGAGAGGGCUCGAAUACUCUCACAGUGGGUGUGAUUGGCAGCGGAUCCGACACUUGGUUGAGUGCGAACUACAUCGUGGAUGCUUUGGAGCUGCAAGUCUAG